CGUGUAGAGCCGCCGGGCGAUGGGGGACGCGGCGUUGGCGGAGCCGGAGCCAGAGGACCGGAUGAAGAAGGCCCCGGGGCAGGGGGACGACCCCCUGGGCGUGAUCCGGGAGGGGCAGGCCGACAGCCUGAUCGACUCCGAGGUGGCGAGGCGGGCCUGCCAGGAGGUGCUGGAGAAAGUCAGGCUGCUGUGGGGGGAGGGCGUCCCUCCCGGCCCGCCCUCCGCCCCGUCGCUAGGCCCGGAGCCUGCGGCGCCAUCGCUAGGCCCGGAGCCUGAGGCCUCGCCGACGGGGAGCGGCCGCAUCCGGGAGGAGGACGAGGAGGAGGAGGGGGGCGAGGGGGCAGGUGGUGAGGUCCCUCUGGCCUGCCACACGGUCAGGAGCGCUCGCCGCCGGCAACGCCACAACCAGGGCCGCCAGUCCUGGCUGCUGCGGCUGUUCGAGAGCAAGCUCUUCGACGUCGCCAUGGCGAUCUCCUACCUCUACAACUCCAAGGAGCCCGGCGUGCAGGCCUACAUCGGCAACCGGCUCUUCAGCUUCCGCCACGAGGAGGUGGACUCGUACCUGCCGCAGCUGCUCAACAUGUACGUGCACAUGGACGAGGACGUGGGCGACGCCAUCAGGCCCUACGUGGUGCACCGGUGCCGACAGAGCGUCGACUUCUCGCUGCAGUGCGCCUGGCUGCUGGGGGCCUACUCCUCGGACAUGCACAUCUCCACCCAGCGGCACUCCCGGGGCUCCAAGCUGCGCAAGCUGAUCCUCUCCGACGAGCUGAGGCCUGGGCCGUCGUCGGCCCAGCGCCGGGAGCCCCCCCGGCCCAGCGCCGACACCACCGGCCUCUCGCCCUCCAAGCGCACCCACCAGCGUUCCAAGUCGGAUGCAGCAGCAAGCGUCAGCCUGGGCAGUGGCCUCAAGCGCACAGCCAGCAACCCCAAGGUGGAGAGCCAGCAGGAGGAGGUGAGGAAGGGGCUCUCGCUCGCUCGUUCGCUCAUGGGCUCACUCUGCUCUUGACCCUCUCCAGGUCUCCCAACUUCCCUCUCGACCCUCUCCCGGUCUCCCAACUUCCCCCUCGACCCUCUCUCCCCACCUUUCCCGGUCUCCCCUUGCUCUCUCCCCACCUCCAAAACUCCACCGUCUUCUCCUUCCCAUUCCCCGGACUCCCACCCCACCUUCGGGUUGGCAGUGCCCAGCGCCAGUGUGCGGUGGCGGGUGGAAAUGGUUGAAACGUUGUGUGACCGCGGGCUGGCCGAGAGGC